AUGCAGACCAACGUUGGCUUCAUGGAAGAGCUGUACAAGGUGGCCAGAGAGUCGGAUGUGUAUCGAGACGAGUACAUGAACAAGAAGAUCGUCGUUUUGUUUAACUACGCACCUGUGCUUUGUCACAUCGAAACUCUCGUGCCUGAUCACGACGAUUUCGUUUUGUUGCGACUAGGACCAUACAUCCCCAUGUGCUACCCCAUUGAGACUGCUUCAGUUCUCUGA